AUGUCACAUAAGGACUCGUGGGACGGCUACACGUGUUUCGUGAAGGUGCACGCUCCCUGGGCCGUGCUCAGCAAGUACGCCGAGCAGCUGCACCUUCGAAUGCCCGUCAAGAAAAAAGGUCCAGCCAUGGCGUUCCCCAAGAUUAAGAUCAAGCCCGGCGAGAAGCCUGUCUUUCCAGACAUGAGAGCUUUCGAGAGCGACUCCGUGGAGAUCGAGGUGGUGGGCAAAGCGCCGAGCAAGAAGAAGCUGUCUCGGCUCAAGUCUCCCUUCCCCUACGACAAGAAGCUCAUCCCGGACGAGAACGAGUUCUACAACGCGGAAUUCGUACGGCAGCGAGAACGUAUGUAUCUCAUAUCUGACAGGGACACCUUCUUCUCUCAAGCCAUGCGCAGCCGUAUGGCGUGGGAGGUGCUCACUCGGGCCAAGUACGACGAGGCAGAGCACCAGAGAGGAAUAUACAACCUUCUGAGCAUCGGGGCCUACCUAGGAGCUUACCCAUUGCACGACGGGCCCUUCGGGAAAGGACGUUAUAACAGAGCCACGGAGACCUACUCGGAGCGCAGGGUCCUGUACGCGGAGUGGGGCAGAGCCCGUUGCUGGUACAAGGAGCAGCCUCUCUUUCUCAUCCGGCGCUACUUCGGCGAGAAGGUUGGCCUCUACUUCGCCUGGGUCGGCUUCUACACCACCAUGCUCAUCUUGCCUGCUUUCGUCGGGAUCUUCACGUCACUCUACGGAAUCGCGUACAUGCUCACCAAUAAGCCCACGUGCGUACCAGGGCCUGCUGCUAGAUAGGUGUAAUUAGCGAGGACAAUUUUGUUGACUUGAAUU